AUGCAAGAUCCGCUUCGACCGUCCGCAUCGAAGCAGGAUGACGACGACGAGAAAACGUCAACCCGGUGCCCAUUCUUGCUUCGUGACGAAAGAGAACUCCCUCCAGAGGCCACCAGAUGGGAACGCUUCCGUCGAAACCUGCCGUGCCCGCCUGGAGUCAAGCUGGGACGCGUGUGUACCUUCUUGCUGGCACUCCCACUCUUCUGGCUGGCUGGAUACGGUCUCACGGGUAGCGAGAUGCUCCUCAAUGGGAAUCUUUUCAAGCUCUACAUCGUGUUCUUCGCUUGUCUUCUUGGUGGAUGGUUCAUGGAGAUCAUCCGGCUCCCAGGUCUCCUAGGAAUGUUGUUGGUUGGCAUACUUUUAGGUAACCUGGAGCGCCAAACCGGUUGGAUGGAACACCCUCUUCAGCCGGGAUGGUCUGGGAAAAUUCGCGGUAUCGCCUUAGUAGUCAUUCUCAUACGUGCUGGACUCGGACUGAAUCCUGAGCAACUGAGACGCUUGAGUCUGAUGGUUACCCGACUGGCAUUUGUGCCCUGCACCGUCGAGGCAAUCGCGGUAGCUUGCUUCUCAUAUUUCAUUCUUGAGCUGCCCUGGACAUGGGGUUUCAUGUUGGGGUUCGCAUUAGCUGCAGUCUCCCCUGCCAUAGUCGUUCCAUGCAUGCUUAGAAUCCAAGAAGAGGGCUAUGGCGUCGACAAGGGGAUCCCGACGUUGUUGCUUGCAGCCUCGUCUAUGGAUGACGUUCUCGCAAUUUCCGCUUUUGUUGUCUUCCUCGGUGUCACCUUCUCCCAGGGCUCAAUUAUUAAGAAGAUAUUCAUGCCGUUUGCUGAAAUAAUUGUUGGGCUUCUCUAUGGCAUCAUCCUUGGGGUCAUUUUUUGGUUCGUCCCGAAUCAUAAAGACAGUUUUGCCGUUACGGAAGUCCGUUCCAUAAUGUUGUUAAUCGGUGGAAUUGCAUCGUAUUUUGGAAGCAUGUUCAUCGAGAUGCACUCAGCUGGCGCUUUGGGAGUUCUAUCGCUAGCGUUUGUUUCCAGCAUUGGGUGGCGUCGGCAGGGCUACCAGGAUGACAAUCCCGUCUCGCUCAAUUUCAAUUAUCUUUGGCUCAUCUUCCAGCCUCUCCUCUUUGGCUUGAUCGGAACUGAGAUUGACCUCGUUCAAAUCAGGGUCACCACAGUCGGAUAUGCCCUAAUAGUCAUAUGUGGAGGCCUGAUUUUCAGGUGUUGUGCCGCUUUUCUUGCCGUUUCAGGCGGGGAUCUUAAUAUGAAGGAAAAGGUAUUCACUGCGAUUGCCUGGUUACCGAAGGCGACGGUGCAGGCAGCAAUCGGCCCCAACGCUCUCGAUACGGCCUUGGCGAUGCACGACCCGAAUCCUCAGCACAUCGAUUGGGGUCGGGACAUCCUCACUAUCGCUGUCAUGGCCAUCCUCAUUUCAGCUCCUAUAGGAGGCAUUUGUAUUCGCUAUUGUUCCCCUAAGUUACUGGUGAAAUCCAGGUACAUGCCACCAGCAUGUGUUCUUAAUGUUUCUCAGACAUUGGACGAAGGCCCCGAGACAUUAGGUGCAUCCUUGGCGAUCAAUGCGUCAGACACGCGCGUCACCUUCCUGGAUCAGCCUUCCAGCCAAGACUGA